AGAUGUGAGCGCGCAGUGAGCGCGGCUUGGUGGGCGUCCGUCUCACUCGUGAAGCUGGGGGAACGCAAGGCCCACAACGCCACCGCCGUCGCCGCCACCACCGCCGCUUCUUCGCCGUUGGCUUCUCCUCUUGGUGUAAAAUGAAGUCGGGCGCGGGCUGCAGCCUCUGGAUUGUCCUGUUGUCACUUCUGGAGUCUGCGCGGGCCACCUACUCGGAGGACCAGUGCAGCUGGAGGGGGAGCGGCCUGUCUCAGCAGCCGGGCAGCGUGGAGCAGAUAGCGCUGCACUGCGCAGAGGGCUCACUGGACUGGCUCUACCCGAAGGGGGCGCUGCGGCUCAGCCUGUCCCCGCGUCUGCCCUCCGGGGCGGUGGGGCCGGGCGGUGCCGGGCGCAGCUCAGAGCACAUCACAGCCUGCAUCAAGCCAGCCGAGACGUUUCGGGGGGCGCAGAUCUACUUGGAGCGGGAUGGCAUCCUGGAGCUGCUGGUGCCCGAUCGUCUGGACGGCCCUCGCCCCCCCCGGGUGCACUGCUUCAGCCGGCAGCCGGGCGAGAAGGUCGCCCUCUUCUUGCAGGCCACCCCUCACCAGGACAUCAGCCGGAGGAUCGCCGCCUUCCGCUACGAGCUGCGUGGGCACUGGAAUACGCGGCUGUCUGUCGACACGGACACCGUCCAUUAUGAAGGGGCCUGCCGGCCGUGCAACGACAGCGAGGUCCUGAUGGCCGUCUGCACCAGCGACUUCGUGGUCCGAGGGAACAUCCGCUCCGUGUCCAACGACAUCGACCUGCACGUGUCCAUCAUCAGAGUGAGCGCCUCUCGGAUCUUCCGGCAGAAGUACGCUCUGUUUUCCAACGGGGGGCGCCUCAGCAAGUCCGGGGACAUCCGGACCCUCCUGCAGUGUGGCGUCAAGCCGGGACCGGGCAGCUUCCUCUUCACGGGCCGCGUCCACUUCGGGGAGGCCUGGCUGGGCUGUGCGCCACGUUUCAAGGAUUUCCGGCAGGCCUACGAGGAUGCCCGGGAUGCCAGGGAGCUUCCCUGCGAGCUGGCACUGGACUGAAGGGCGGCUCUUCUUGGUGGACGGUACUGAGAGCUGACCCCGCCAUAGGUGGGCCAAAUACUUUUGGAAGGCUUUGGCCAACCCGCACUCCAUGCGCUCACCAGGUGGGUGGUAGCCCUGCCCGUCCUGCCUGGUACCCACUCAGCUGCUUGUUUGAACCCUUGUGUCGAAUUCUUUUACAUUUGCACGGCUUCAGUGUGGAGGACAGAAAUGGAAAGCAACAGAGCAGUGAAGCAGAAGGAGGUGGAAAUGCCAAAGCUUUGGCGCAGUGUUAUGUGGGGGCUCAGGUGGCACCGGUGCCCCGCCUUCAGAUGUUUGCUUGUCUACAGGUGUGCUGUGCCCACUGGCUGAGUCUUUUGUGACUGGCGCUACAUACAGUUGGCUCCAUGCAGUGACUCAGCCUUUGCUGUAUAUAGCGCCUUUCAUCCCGACAGGACAGGUGACAAGUCAUCACGAGCAGCUCAUGGACUUUUGGGUGAAGAGGACAUGCUGCCACGGCAUAGGGGGCAACACAAAGGUGACGGAGUACAGCUAAGGAGGUCUGGGCAUUAGGGGGCAUCAUGGCAGUCCCCUCCCCUACUGGGGGUCUGGAAACCAAAAAGUGCACCAAACUGGGGCCUCGGCCAAUGGGGCCACCAAGACGUGGCACUCGGAAUUGAAGGGGAUUUUUAAGGUAAUUUAAGGUUAAGGGAAUUGUGUGUGUGUGUGUGUGUGUGUGUGUGUGUGUGUGUGUGCGCGAGCAAGCGAGGACACAAUAAGAAUAAUAAGAAAAAGAAGAAGAAUAAUAUAUGAGGCGCCGGCUCGGCGUUUAUCUCGCUGAGGCCCACGGCGGCGGCUGGCAGACUGGCACGGCUCUUGGUGUUUGCCCGCCCAGCUGUCCGCUGCAGGCAUUCUGCUUUUGUUUUUGUUUUUUUGUCGUUUCAUUCAAAUGCACUAUUUUCUAUUUUGUGUUUUUUUUUUUUUUAAUAUAAGACCUGAGAUACCAAAUAAAAGAUGAAAGCUUCUCACUGCCACGGUCCGAUCGGCCCCCUCGCCCACCGUGGGCUGAGCUUAAGGGGGCCGUCAGAAAUGUCAAGACGCGUCAAAUAAAACGUCAAACAAACGCUGCA